CUGACUGUGUACCAAUGCAAUUCAUUUAUGUUUAGACCUGAAGAAAUCGAGAAUCGAGACAUGCAAGAGAACUUGAUAGCUUUGCUUAUGUUUACUGAAAAUCUGUUUACGUAGCAGACACUCUUUUUGUUCAAUAAAGCCAGCAGUUUCGGAUUUACAAAAUGGGGGAGCCACAGCAGGUCAGUGCUCUUCCGCCGCCUCCAAUGCAGUACAUCAAGGAGUACACGGAUGAGAAUGUGCGAAAAGGACUGGCCCCCAAACCCCCUCCUCCUAUUAGAGACAGUUACAUGAUGUUUGGCAAUCAUUUCCAAUGCGAUGACAUCAUUAUUCGACCAUUGGAGAGCCAGGGCAUCGAGCGCCUCCACCCUAUGCAGUUUGACCACAAGAGAGAGCUGAAAAAACUAAAUAUGUCCAUCCUGGUCAACUUUCUGGACCUUCUGGACAUCCUCAUCAAAAGCCCAGGCAGCAUUAAGCGAGAGGAGAAGAUGGAGGACUUGAAACUUCUGUUUGUCCACAUGCAUCACCUCAUCAAUGAGUACCGUCCUCACCAGGCCAGGGAGACGCUUCGGGUCAUGAUGGAGGUUCAGAAGAGACAGAGGCUGGAGACGGCUGAGCGUUUCCAGAAGCAUCUGGAGCGGGUGGUGGAGAUGAUCCAGGGGUGUCUUGCUUCGCUGCCUGAUGAUUUGCCACAACCUACCAGCUCCAGUGUGGGAGAGGCUGGUGGUGCGGUGUCAGCUGGAGCCUCGAUACUGAAAACUGAACCUAUGGAUGUAGAUGUGACGGGUGCUAGCUGCAUGGUUGCGCAAACGGACAAAAAUGUGCCUUGUAAGAAGGACAAGGUGUGGGACAAGGAUGCUGCGAUGUGCAGGAUUAUUGAUGAGAUGACUUGAGCUGUCUAAGGAAUUAAUAGUGUUUUUAUUGUUAUUCAGGAAAUGCCAGUUCUUCAACUUUGUUACAAAACACAGGAAGUCAACAAGUAGACCACAAACACUUACAGACAUUUAACAUGGCGGUCAGCUCACAUGGUCAUUGAAGUAGAACUGUACGUGUAAAAUAAUAAAGAUCUACUGGUCUUUUCGUUUUCAUAUCA